AUGUCAUCAUCAAUUAGGGCUAGGGGCAAUGACCAGGAAGCCAUUGCCAUCGUUGGAAUGGGAUGUCGCCUACCUGGUGAUAUCGUUUCUCCAUCUACCUUGUGGAAUUUUCUCGCCCAGGAGAAGAGUGCCCAGGGGAGGAUUCCAUCGUCGAGAUUCAACGCCGAUGGUUUCUAUAAUCCAGAUGCUGAUGUUUCUGGGUCGAUGAGUGUCGAUGGUGGAUACUUCAUCAAUGAAGAUAUCCGAAAUUUUGAACCAGACUUCUUCGGUAUUAAUAACCUUGAAGCCACAUACAUGGACCCACAACAAAGAAAGCUUCUGGAAGUUGUCUAUGAAUGCUUUGAGAAUGCGGGUGUCACGCUACAGUCUGCUUCAGGUGCCAAUAUUGGAACAUAUGUUGGCACAUUCACAAUGGAUUUUCAGUUGAUGCAGGCCUCCGAGCCACAUCACUUCCAUCGUUAUAGUGCUACAGGAAUGGGCACAACAAUUUUAGCGAACCGCAUUAGCCACGUUUUCAACCUAACUGGACCAAGUUAUGUUUUAGAUACUGCAUGCAGUUCAUCACUUUACGCACUUCACGCCGCAUGUAGAGCAUUGCAAAGUGGUGAUUGCGAUGCCGCUGUCGUUGCUGGCGCGAACUUAGUACAGUCUCCGCAGCAGUUUAUUGGAACUGCCAAAGCCGGCGUUCUCUCAAAAACAUCCACAUGUCACACGUUCGAUACCUCCGCAGAUGGUUAUGGCCGAGCUGAUGGCAUUGGAGCAUUGUAUGUCAAGAGGCUCAGCGACGCCAUCAAAGAUGGCGAUUCUAUUCGCUCCGUUAUUCGGGGCAUUGCCGUCAACAGCAAUGGUCGCACCAACGGUAUCACCCAGCCGAGCGCGGAUGGUCAGGCGGCAGUCAUCCGCAAAGCCUACUCUCUGACAAAUCUCGACCCUGCAAUGACGGACUACAUUGAAUGCCAUGGUACGGGAACAUCCGUGGGCGAUGCCACGGAGGUCGACGCGAUCUCUCGGGUGUUUGCUCCCAAUCGCCAGGCGCCAUUGCUGAUCGGGUCCGUGAAGACGAAUCUCGGCCACUCUGAAGCAGCGAGUGGCAUCACCAGCAUCAUCAAAGUUACCCUAGCCAUGGAGCGCGGCGUAAUUCCUCCAACAGUGGGAGUUAAAAACAUCAACCCCAAGCUGAAGCUAGAAGAAAGAAAAGCCGAAAUCGUCCGCGAGAUGACACCAUGGCCAGCAAGCCAAACUGGACGGCGAAUAGCUAGUAUUAAUUCGUUCGGUUACGGUGGUGCCAAUGCGCAUAUGAUUCUCGAGGAUGCUAGCUCAUACAUGACGAGCAAAGAAAACGCACAAAUUCACGAUGCGAAUGGCUCAUUGGUACUACCCUUGUCCGCCAACAAUGAUCAGUCACUAGAUAGACUUGCAUCCAACUUGGAAAGCAUCGGCUCCGGCAUUGAUCUUACGAACCUGGCGAGAACACUUUCAUCACGGCGCUCACAGCUUGCAAAGCGAGGAUAUAUGAUUGUCGGAACAACGCAACGACUUGAAGCUAACACAUUGAGAACUCUGCCAUCAACAUCUAAAUUGCCAUUGGCCUUUGUAUUCACGGGACAAGGAGCUCAAUGGCCGGGUAUGGGUAGAUCUCUUCUGCACGAUUACCCCAGGUUCCGACAAAGCGUUCGACGGCUUGACGUUGUGUUACAAUCGCUACCGCGCGACGAACGUCCGAGCUGGCUCCUGGAGGAUGUGCUCGGCUCCACGCCCAAUAACGGCAAUGAAGAUGAGAUUCAUCACCCAUCCCGGUCUCAGCCUAUAUGCACAGCGCUACAGAUCGCGCUUAUCCAACUGCUUGCCGGAUGGAACAUUAAGCCAUCAGCAGUUAUUGGACAUUCCUCAGGCGAGAUUGCAUCGGCAUACUGCGCCGGCCAUCUGACUGCAGAGCAGGCCAUCAUCGUUGCCUACUAUCGCGGCCUUGUAGCCGGGGAAAUGAUUGAUGACGGCAUGAUGCUUGCUGUGGGAAUGAAUGCGCAAGAAGCGGCCGCCUUUAUAAAUGAAAAUGGGGCCAAUGGCAAGGUUCGCGUCGCCUGUGUCAACUCGCCCGAGAACGUCACUCUCAGUGGAGACGCCGAUGCCAUCGAUAUACUCGCUACACUUUUAGUUCGGAAAGGGAUCCUGGCCCGAAAGCUGAAGACGAAUGGAAAAGCAUAUCAUUCCCAUCACAUGAAGAGGGUUGGGCCAAAGUAUGAAGAAUUAUUGACAACACUUGCGCACUCAACCAGAUACGCUAGGCCGUCUGAAGUCCGCAUGGUCUCAACUGUGACUGGAGAGGAUGCGACUACCCAGCUACCCUUAACAUAUUGGCGACAGAAUCUGGAGCAACCCGUACUAUUCAGUACAGGUAUACAGCAGCUUUUCGCUAAGGAAAACUACCACCUAAUUGAACUGGGACCUCAUUCUGCUCUAGGGCUACCCUUGAAACAGACUAUUUCCAAGGUUGAGGGCGCGAAUUACCAAUACAACUCGGCAAUAGUCAGAGGUAAAGAUGCAACUUCAACAGUGCUACAACUUGUCGGCGGUCUUUACUUGCACGGCCAAGAUGUCAACCUUCAGAAAGUCAAUGGAAUCUCGUCGAUGCAACGCACGAAACCUAUCGUGGAUCUGCCCCCGUAUCCAUGGCAUUACGAGUCUGUCCUGUGGAACGAGCCCCGCGUUAGUGCUGAGUUCCGAAAUCAGAAGCACCCUCGCCAUGAGCUUCUGGGUUCCAAAAUACCGGGAGGAAAUGGUAUUAUACACACUUGGCGAAACAUUAUACGCCUGAAGGAGUGCGCGUGGCUGUCCGGCCAUAAGCUGGACCAAACCACUGUUUUCCCAGCUGCCGGCUACAUUGCUGUUGCUAUAGAGGCUGCGCGACAAAUCGCUGACACUUCUUUACCCAGCCAGCCGUCUUUCUUGUUGGAGAAUGUGCGAAUUGAGAAAGCAUUUGCCUUGUUAGAUGAUAAUCCGGAGAGUGGUGCCGAGCUCAUCACCACCUUGCAGCCACUCAGAUCAGCCAGUUCACGAACUGGCACGUGGGAGUUCAGCAUGAGUUCUUUUGCUGGAGCGACGCCUGUGCAGCAUGCGUCCGGAACCAUCACUUUGAAUGAAGACAAGCAUGUUGGAAAUUCGCUAGCCAUAGAACUCUCCAACACGCCGAUGGACCAGCGACCCACUGAGCCGUGGUACAAUAAAUUUGCCCGGGGAGGGUUGGUCUUCAGCGAUCAGUUCAAGUCAUUGGGUGACAUCAGUGUUCCCACCGACAAGAAACAUCUCUGUGCUUCGGCACAAACUACCAUUCACCAAGGUGUCACCCGCGCGAAUAGUCAAGAGCCUGUGUAUGCCGUACAUCCUGCCACUAUUGACGCUCUGUUGCAAGCUGGUAUCAUCGCUAAUGCUGGAGGUAUCACCGACGACCUAGGAGCUAAAGUCCCUGUACACAUUGCGGAGAUUCGCGUCCAGGCCUCGAAGGUCAUUGACAGCGCGAAUGGAAAGAUAAACGCAACCUCCAAGAAGCUUCCAUUUGGCACCAUCGUCGUUGCCGCUGAUUUGGUAUCAGAAGAUGGCGACAUGGUCGUUCAGGUACGAGGAUGUCGUGCCGCUGCCUAUCGCAGUGUGACGAGCGCCACAGAUGAGCUAGAGAGGCAUCCCAUGCUUCGAGUACAGUGGAAACCCGAUAUUACAUCAGUACGACCAGCGCACUCUACCAAGCUAUCGGCAAAGCUAGAUUCGAUGACGUCUUCCGAGAUCAAGACCAGUCCUACUAGCAAAGUCUCCAACUUGAUUGGACUGAUUGCGCAUCAACGUCCCGACGCCAAAGUACUUGAAGUCAAUCAGCCAGAUCAAGGAUACACGAAGUCAAUGAUCCGCGAGCUUUCUGUUGGAGACAUCUUCGGUCAAUGCGGCUCAUUUUUCCAGGGCCAACUCUCAGAAGACAACCACUUGAGCACUCGUAGUAUCUCCGACGAUGCUGAGACUUUUGAGCUCAAAUUCCAGAAAACAUCCCAAAAGGAUCUUUUUGAUAUCAUCCUCUUACCAGGAAUGAAUGGUAGCAACCCAUGCCUGGACACCAAGCUCCAUCAUCUAGACAGCCAUCUAUCGCCAGAUGGGUACGUUGUAGGACGGUUAUUCCCUCACCAGAUUACCGAAAUCACCAAACUCGGCUUCGAGGAAGCUUUCACGGAGUCUACCCAGAGCGACUCGCUCUGCAUUUUGCGCCGUACUCGUGCUGCUGCUGAGCCGACUACUAUUGUGGAUAUUAUUUUGGUCGAGCAUGAUAAUGCUUCGCCUUCCGAAAAAUUCCUCUCCGACGCAGUUUCACGGAGCAUCGCUACCUCUUUCCAAACGGAGAUCCGUACAGUCCCACUAGCAGAUGUUAAUGCGGACACAAUACCAUUUGGUGCUACCGUUAUAUCCACAGUAGAAUUCGACCACAAGCUUCUUGCUGUCAUGUCUGAGGAGGAGAUGAAGGGCGUCAAGAUUCUCACUGAAAUGGCGUCCAUUCUUAUCUGGAUCACCGGAGGUAGUUUGCUCAAGCAAUCAACUCCAGAGUUCGGCCUGGCACCCGGCAUUGCCCGCUCCGUUAUGCUUGAACGUCCUGCGUUGAAGUUCGUCACCUACGACGUCGAUAAAUUCAACUUCAAUACAGAAAAUACAGUCGAAAACAUCUUGUCAGUGCUCUCACGAGCCGCAAGUGGCAGUCUGUAUAAUUUCGAGUUUAUCGAAGACGACGGGUUGAUCCACAUCUCAAGAUUCUGUCCAGACGCUGUCUUGAACCAGCAAUUCCGAGAACGGCAAGGACUGCAAAUGGCCGAAGCUCCAAUUUGUGAUGUCGGCUCCGCACAUAUACCACUGGGCGACCUUACCCGUGGUGAGCAAACAUUCUUCGUGCAAGAUGAAGCCGUCGUUAUAUCGCCUCCACCUGGAUCGGUUCAAGUCGAUGUGAAGGUAAUUGAACUAGAUCCUUCACUACUGGAACAAGAAACUAUGCUUGGCCUCUGCGGUGUGGUCAGAGACAUCGGGGCAGGCGUGUCUUCCUUCCUACCAGGUGAUCGCGUAUUCGUGCUAGCACCCGGUAAGAUUUCCACAAUUGCCACGGUGCCACAAACAUGCUGCUACAGGAUUAAAGAGAGUGAAGACUUCAACAUGAUUGCUGCCACUCUCCCGUCCUUCGUGAUUGCGCGGUAUGCUCUGCAUCACCAGGCCCGCUACCAAAAAGGCGAUUCUGUAUUGAUCACAGAUAUCACGAACGCGCUCGGCCAAGCCGCACUCCAGAUUGCGCAGCGUGAAGAAUUGAGCGUUUACGCACUGGUAGAAAGUGCCGCAGAGGCAGCGAGUCUAGCGAAAAGACACAGCUUAGGCGCUUCCCACUUCAUCGUUCGAAAUGACAGCGCUACACAGGAAGCAAAGAACACAAUGUUCAAUGUAGUUCUCCAUACUGGAAACUUGCCAGUCCCCAAAACCAUUGUCAACCGUUGCGCCAAGCAGGGUCACUUUGUCAACCUUUCGCACAACGUUGGAUCCGACACUACAAAAUCCGGCGAUCUUCCUAAGGGUAUUUCUUCAUCGACAGUAGAUCUGCGAUCUUCGUACGAUAUCAGCGAUGAUCGAGCUGGAGCUAUGUUGAGGCGUGGGGUUGAGGAUGUUCUCUUCCUCCACCGUUCACAAAAUCUUGCGCCUGUGCAGUCUGUUCAAGUCUUCGAUGUUUCGGAUGUCAAUCGCGCAUUUGAGUCCAUGUCUUCAAAGAGCAAUAGCGGAGUCGUCAUGCUCUCGCUACAAGACCCGACGUCAAUGAUCCGAUACAAGCCCUCUUCCUUCGAGACUCGGUUCAGUCCAGACAAGACUUACGUUAUGAUCGGUUGCUUGGGUGGUCUCGGCCGUUCUAUAUCCAAAUGGAUGGUUGGCCGCGGAGCAAAGAAAUUUCUCUUCGUUGGUCGCUCAGGAACGAAGAAUCCUGCAGCGGCCAAGUUGGUGGGUGAUCUCGAAAGCAUGGAGUGCAGCGUGAUGGUAGCAUGCGGAGACGUAGCUAAGUACGACGAUGUUUACAAUGCGCUCUCGAUGGUUGAGGGAGCCGUAGGCGGUGUUGUUCAUGCUGCAAUGGGUCUGCACGAAUCUUUGUUCUCCGACAUGUCAGCUGAAGACUGGCAUACGGCGAUAAAGCCGAAGAGGGACGGCGCCUGGAACCUUCACUAUGCGCUGAAAGACUUGCAGAUGGAACAAGAGCUGGAUUUCUUCCUGCUCACAUCGUCUGUCUCUGGAUCCGUCGGAACCGCCACAGAGUCAAACUACUGUGCUGCAAAUCACUUCCUCGACAACUUCGCAUGGUACAGACGUUCCCUUGGUCUGCCCGCUACGGCAGUUGGCCUAGGCAUGAUUUCAGAAGUUGGGUACCUUCACGAGAAUCCCGAAAUCCAGGAGCUUUUACUCCGAAAGGGUAUUCAAGCCAUCCCUGAGAAGGAGAUGUUGCAGAUGCUCGAUUGCGCCUUAAGCAAUGAGUUCAGACAGGAGAUUCAGGACAAAGAGUACGGUGCAGGCCACAUUCUCACGGGCCUGGAGCCAACCGCAGUCCUGGAGUUGCGCAAGAAGGGCUUCGAUGGAUCCAUGUCGACACUCACCGAGCCGCGCAUGUCGCUCCUCGCGCGAGCAUUCCGAAGCAUGGAUCCGGCUGCUUCAGGCUCGGCAGGCUCGUCUGAAAGUGUAAAGACUCAGCUUGAGCAAAUGGUGUCUUCCGGCCAGCCGAUCCUUGAAAAGGUCACGGAGAUCGUAACGAAGAAGUUCUCAAAUGCGUUCUUGGUCCCUGUCGAGAAAUUGGACCUCAAUAAGGCUCUGUCGCAAUUUGGAAUGGACAGCAUGUUGGCGGCCGAAAUUCGCACUUGGUUCUACCAAUCACUUGGGCACGAUGUGGCGUUCUUCGUGCUGCUGAGCCCAGAAACAACCAUUAUGUCGCUGUCGCAGAUGGUUGAGAAGAGUCUUAAGAAGACUGUUAAAGCCUGGUAG